AUGGACCCGAUCUUCAGUCCGCCGCUUCACAGGCAGAGACAUCAAUUUGUCAUCGAUUUUGUCAAGAGGAGAAAACCCCAGAAGGUGCUGGACUUGGGGUGCAGUGAGUGCAGCCUUCUCAAGCUCCUGAAGUUUCACCGGGAAAUUGAACUGCUGGUUGGAAUGGACAUCGACGGUGCCAAGCUGAAGAAAAGGAUGCACGGAUUGGCUCCGAUGUUGACCGACUACCUGCAACCGAGCGACAGGCAGCUGCGCAUCGAGCUGUACCAGGGCUCCGUCACGCAGAGGGACGCCCGCCUCCGGGGAUUUGACCUGGUGACCAGCAUCGAGCUCAUCGAGCACCUCACGCUCCCCGAUGUGCAGCGCUUCUCCGACGUGGUCUUCGGUUACAUGACUCCGGGGGCCGUGAUCGUCAGUACCCCCAACUGCGAGUUCAACCCUCUGUUCCCGGGGAACGUGGGUUUUCGGCACCACGACCACAAGUUCGAGUGGAGCAGAGCCGAGUUCGAGUCCUGGGCUCUGGGGGUGUGUUUGGAUUACGGCUACGAGGUGGAGUUCACCGGGGUCGGACAGCCUCCUCCGGACCAGCACCAAAGCAUCGGCUUCUGCUCCCAGAUCGGUGUGUUUCACCGGCUCGGGGGAAAAGGGAACAACAACAACAACGUGUUGUUUUGUGAGGAGGCCGAGGAUGUGCUUUCAUACACUCUGCUGUAUAGUAAGAACUACCCCAGCCUGCAUGACAACAACAUCUUGAGUCGGGUCCUGGUGAUGGAGGUGUUGUCCGGGGCAGACAAGCUGAGGAGAAGAUGGGCGGAGGAAGAGGAGACCGGCAAACGGGAGACCGGCAGGUGGGAUUACGGCAGUGACCCACCGCGCAACGCUGACGGGGAGGAGGAGGAGGAAGAGGAGGAGCGCCACCUGGAGAUGGAAGAGAAGCAGAGAGCAAUGAGGAUUCUGGUGCAGCGUCAGGAAGUUGAGGACCGAAAGCUGUUUUGGAAAGAUGGCCAAGGGCAACAGGAGUCCUGCAAAGUGAACAGGUGUGUGCACAUACCUCUGGUUGUGCUCUGGUCCCGCUACCCCAAGGUCCGCGCCCUGGCCGGAAGUAUCGGUAACCUCCGGCAGCACCUGAUGGAUCACCCCGACGUCACACUGAGCCAGGACGGCUUGGCGGUGCUCCUCAACAACCAGGAGCAAGGCACUAGUAACGUUCCAUCGCUUUUAUGCCCCAUCAUAUGUUUUUGUGCAGAAUGUAAAUAUGUACUCACAGGGUUCUUACACAUUUUGACCAGUGGAUUUCCAGGACUUUUCCAUGACAUUUAACCAAAUUUCCAUAACCAAACUGAAAUCUCGGUAGAAACAUGAACAUUGUGCGUAUUGAGAGCGUACGCCGGCUUAUAUUUUGAGCGUUUUUCUUUAAAAAAAACAUUAAUUAUUGUAAACUCGGCGUAAAUGAAUGUGAUGAUAAUAAAUGUCCAUGACUUUUCCAAAACUUUUAUGAUUUACAUUUUUCCAGGCCUGGAAAUGACCAUUUUAAAAAUGCCAUGACUUUUCCAGGUUUUCCAUGACCGUACGAAUCCUGUACUCAUCAAUCUGCCACACGCGGUGGACUGUUUUUAAAAGCGGUCCUUUUUUACAAUACAAUACUUAUUGAGCAAAACGGCAACAAACACUUUCAUCUGAUGUCCGAUACAAAUGCAAUACCAAGGUUGACCAGCAGGUGUCAUCAUUUCUUACUGUGUCCAUUCUACACACACUGCAUCUAUUUCCUGCUCUGCUUCUUAUUCUAUGAUCUUUGAUGCCCGAUGGUUUCUGUGGUUUGGACACCGCUGCUUCCUUUGUGUUUUAUAUUCUCCUAGAAGAAGAAGAGGAGGAAGAGGAGCAUGAUGAUUUGGACGACAGCGGGUAUGCCAGAGGAAGUGUCGAGCCAGAGGAAGACUGGGACGCAGACGCGUGAUCGGCAUCGGACGUCUUCGUUGUCGGCGCGCGGGUUCCGCUCGGUGACAUCUGGACGGCUCGAUCGUACGGACAACAAUUCCCAGAAUGCACCGCUGCAACUUUGGCUUUUGGAUUGAUUUGAGGGCUUGUUUGGACUUUUUGUGUUGUAUGUAAACACCCGUUGGCCUCUUAAAUCGGAGUAUACUCCUGAAAUGCAAAGGGUAUAAUAAAACUCGCUGUAAAAAUGCUAA